AGGCCCGGGCCGGCUCCCCUCUGCUCCCCGCUCCCCCUCUCCCAUGGCGGAGACUAAAAUCAUCUACCACAUAGACGAGGAGGAGACCCCCUAUCUGGUGAAGCUGCCCGUCCCGCCGGAAAAAGUCACUCUGGCCGAUUUCAAAAAUGUCCUCAGCAACCGGCCCGUGCACAGCUACAAGUUCUUCUUCAAGUCCAUGGACCAGGAUUUCGGGGUGGUAAAGGAGGAGAUCUCAGACGACAAUGCAAAGCUACCUUGCUUCAAUGGAAGAGUGGUGUCCUGGCUGGUCCUGGCUGAAAGCUCCCACUCUGACACAGGCUCCCAGUGCACCGAGAGCCACACUGACCUUCCGCCACCCAUUGAGAGAACAGGCGGCAUUGGAGACUCCCGGCCUCCAUCAUUCCACCCAAAUGCUGCCAGCAGCCGGGAUGGCCUGGACAAUGAAACAGGAACAGAGUCAGUUAUUAGCCACCGGCGAGACAGACAUCGACGGAGAAAUAGAGAAGGGCAUGAGGAUGUCCCUCGGAUCAAUGGCCAUCCGAAACUGGACAGACACCGUGAGCACCCUCCUGGUUAUGACAGCUCUUCUACCAUGAUGAGCAGUGAGCUGGAAUCCAGCAGCUUCAUUGACUCUGAUGAUGAUGACAACACAAGCAGGUUGAGUAGCUCCACUGAGCAGAGUACUUCAUCCCGGCUCAUACGGAAGCAUAAACGCAGGAGGAGGAAACAAAGGAUGCGGCAGAUUGACAGGUCAUCUUCGUUCAGCAGCAUCACUGAUUCUACCAUGUCCCUAAAUAUCAUCACUGUCACGCUCAACAUGGAAAAGUAUAACUUCCUGGGAAUCAGCAUUGUAGGACAGAGCAAUGACCGGGGUGAUGGUGGCAUAUACAUUGGCUCUAUUAUGAAAGGAGGGGCUGUGGCAGCAGAUGGCCGAAUUGAACCAGGAGACAUGCUUCUGCAGGUGAACGAUGUCAAUUUUGAGAACAUGAGCAACGAUGAUGCAGUACGGGUUUUACGGGAAAUAGUCUCCAAACCAGGACCUAUCAGCCUAACAGUAGCCAAAUGCUGGGACCCUACUCCCAGGAGUUAUUUCACCAUCCCCAGGGCUGAACCAGUGAGGCCAAUUGACCCUGCAGCGUGGAUCUCUCAUACCACAGCCAUGACGGGAGCGUACCCCCGUUACGGUAUGAGCCCCUCCAUGAGCAUCACCACAUCUACCAGCUCCUCACUAACAAGCUCAAUUCCCGAUUCGGAAAAAUUAGAAGAAUCUCCCUUAACUGUGAAGAGUGACAUGGCUACUAUUGUCAAGGUUAUGCAGCUACCAGACUCAGGCCUUGAAAUCCGGGACAGGAUGUGGUUAAAAAUUACCAUCUCCAAUGCAGUGAUAGGAGCAGAUGUGGUUGACUGGCUUUACACGCACGUGGAAGGCUUCAAAGACCGACGGGAGGCUAGAAAAUACGCCAGCAGCAUGUUAAAACAUGGCUACCUCAGGCACACUGUGAACAAAAUCACCUUCUCAGAACAGUGCUAUUAUGUCUUUGGAGACCUCUGUGGCAAUAUGGCUGCACUGAACCUUAACAAUGGUUCUAGCGGAGCCUCGGAUCAGGAUACCCUUGCUCCACUUCCACAUCCUGCUGCUCCCUGGCCGUUAGGCCAAGGAUACCCAUAUCAGUAUCCUCUGCCCCCUCCAUGUUUUCCACCAGCAUACCAAGACCCAGGCUUUAGCUAUGGUAGUGGCAGUGCAGGGAGCCAGCAAAGUGAAGGAAGCAAAAGCAGCGGCUCGAACCGAAGCAACAGCGAGAACAGCAGGAGAGCUCUGGGCAGAGAGAAGGACCGCAAGUCGGCUGGCAGCGGCAGCGAGUCUGACCACACUGCCCGCAGCGGGGGCAGCGCCAGCGUCGUGCGCCGGGAGAGGCCUGUCAGCCAGCUCAGCCACCGGAGUCAUGUCUCUGCCACGCACAGCGAGAGAAGCCACCACAGCCAUCAUUCGUAUGGGCCUCCAGGAGUCCCACCCCUCUACAAUCUCCCCAAACUGGGCUCCAAAGUCUACGGGACAAGCGGACCCCCUGGAGGGCCCCCCGUGAGGGAACUGAGCUCUGUUCCUCCGGAGCUGACGGGGAGCCGGCAGUCCUUCCAGAAGGCUAUGGGCAACCCUUGUAUUGUCGAACACUUAAUGGAAGAAGCUUGGCUGUCUUGCAUGUCACACCUUCCUGGCUAUGGACGCUUGAUAAAAUAUGUUCAGGAACCUUCACUGAUGUUUAAGAAGCUUUUUAAAGUAUCUGAAUGA